CCUAUAAACGCUCCUCCCCAUCACGCCGUCGCCGCCUUCGCCUUCGCCCGCCGCCUUCCCCUGCGCUCUCCGCAUCCGCCGUAGGAUAGGCUAGGCUAGGCUAGGGUUCCGACGAGCUUGCGGAAAUGGUGGCCUUCAGGUUCCAUCAGUACCAGGUGGUGGGGCGCGCGCUGCCGACCCCCGGCGACGAGCACCCCAAGAUCUACCGGAUGAAGCUCUGGGCCACCAACGAGGUCCGCGCCAAGAGCAAGUUCUGGUACUUCCUGAGGAAGCUGAAGAAGGUGAAGAAGAGCAACGGGCAGAUGCUCGCCAUCAACGAGAUCUUUGAGCGUAACCCAACCACGAUCAAGAACUAUGGUAUCUGGCUGCGUUACCAGAGCAGAACCGGCUACCACAACAUGUACAAGGAGUACCGUGACACCACAUUGAAUGGUGCCGUGGAACAGAUGUACACUGAGAUGGCUUCUCGCCACCGUGUGAGAUUCCCUUGCAUUCAGAUCAUCAAGACCGCAACGGUCCACUUCAAGCUCUGCAAGAGAGACAACACCAAGCAGUUCCACAACGCAAGCAUCAAGUUCCCCCUAGUGUACCGCAAGGUCAGGCCACCAACCAGGAAGCUGAAGACCACGUUCAAGGCGUCGAGGCCAAACUUGUUCAUGUGAUUGGUCCAUAGUGAUGUGGUCUUUGUUUGGUAGUAUAAGAGUUUGAAAAGGUUUCCGUUUGCUGGAAGUUUUGAUGCGCUAAGAAUUUGAGCAGUUUGACACUUAUUUAUCGUUUGGAACAUAUGCUUGGCCAAACUUCUGCGUAUGGCGUUAUUAGUAAUGAGCAGACUGAAGUCUUGGUAUUCGAUAUGGAUAAUCUGCUUGAAUUGAUUGUGU